CGGUGGCGCUGGCGGCGUCGCUGCGCGGCUCGGUAGGACCGGCACGGACCUGCAGCGGCUCGCUGAGGCCGUGGGUCGUCGUUGCAGUUGCCACGACUCUUGGGACGAACUUGCCAGACAGAGAGGAGCGGAAGGGAAGGGAUGCACGGGCAUGGAGGUUACGACUCGGAUUUUAGUGAUGAUGAGCAAGGUGGAGAAUCCAGCAAAAAGAAGAAGACAGUUGAAGAUGAGUUGCUACUUACAAAACCAUUUCAGAAAGAAAACCAUGGGAAGGUCCACAAGCAAGUGGCCGCGGACCUGCUGGACAGGGAAGAAGCAAGAAAUAGAAGGUUUCAUCUCAUAGCUAUGGAUGCUUAUCAAAGGCAUACAAAGUUUGUAAAUGACUAUAUUUUGUACUAUGGUGGCAAAAGGGAGGACUUCAAGCGCUUAGGGGAGAAUGAUAAGACAGACCUGGAUGUUAUACGAGAAAACCAUAGAUUCCUAUGGAAUGAAGAGGAUGAAACAGAUAUGACUUGGGAGAAGAGACUUGCAAAGAAAUACUAUGAUAAAUUAUUCAAGGAAUAUUGCAUAGCUGACCUCAGUAGAUACAAAGAAAAUAAGUUUGGAUUCAGGUGGAGAAUAGAGAAAGAAGUCAUUUCAGGAAAAGGUCAGUUUUUUUGUGGAAAUAAACGUUGUGAUGAGAAAGAAGGCUUGAGGAGCUGGGAAGUGAACUUUGGGUAUAUUGAGCACGGUGAGAAGAGAAACGCACUUGUUAAAUUAAGAUUAUGCCAAGAAUGUUCCUUUAAAUUAAAUUUUCAUCACAGGAGAAAAGAAAUCAAGUCAAAAAAAAGGAAGGCUAAAACCAAGAUUGAGUGUGACGAUUCACCACGUAAGAAAUCCAGAUCAUCUUCUUCAGAGGCCUCCAAGGGGACGGAUGAAGGACAUUCAUCCUCAAAAAAGCCAGAAGAUUCUACAAACAGAAACACUGAUGAGGAAGACAGUGCUUCAGAGUCCGAGCUCUGGAAGGGUCCCCUGCCAGAGACAGAUGGAAAGUCACAGGAAGAAGAAUUUGAUGAUUAUUUUCAGGACUUGUUUCUGUGAACUGGGAGAGAGCAUCAUUCCUUGGUGAGGAAGUGUACCGUGAAACUCCGUGAACUUGUCCGUGCUAUUGAGUCUGGACAGCCACCAGGACAGACUGUUUCAGACACUUCCUCCUUCACUCGUGUAGCGUCUCAGUUGCUUUUCUACAAAUCUGUUUUGUCCAUAGCUCUCCAGUAUAUGAUACACUGUUUUAAGUGACGUUUGAACAUGAGUGAUUGGCAGUAAACUGUAAAUAAACUAUU